UGCGCCCCGCUCCGCGCCGCGCCGACAUGUCCGAGACCGCGCCCGCUCCCGCCGCCGAGGCGGCGCCCGCCGCCUCCCCGGCCCCCGCCGCCAAGGCCGCCGGCAAGAAGCCGAAGAAGGCGGCGGGCGGCUCCAAGGCGCGCAGGCCCGCGGGCCCCAGCGUCACCGAGCUGAUCACCAAGGCCGUGGCCGCCUCCAAGGAGCGCAAGGGGCUCUCCCUCGCCGCGCUCAAGAAGGCGCUGGCCGCCGGCGGCUACGACGUGGAGAAGAACAACAGCCGCAUCAAGCUGGGGCUCAAGAGCCUCGUCGGCAAGGGCACCCUGGUGCAGACCAAGGGCACCGGCGCCUCCGGCUCCUUCCGCCUCAGCAAGAAGCCCGGCGAGGUGAAGGAGAAGGCGCCCAAGAAGCGGGCGGCCGCGGCCAAGCCCAAGAAGCCGGCGGCCAAGAAGCCUGCCGGCGCCGCCAAGAAGCCCAAGAAGCCGGCAGUGAAGAAGAGCCCCAAGAAAGCCAAGAAGCCGGCGGCUGCUGCCACCAAGAAGGCUGCCAAGAGCCCCAAGAAGGCGACCAAGGCUGCCAAGCCCAAAAAGGCAGCGGCAGCGAAGAGCCCAGCCAAGGCAAAGGCAGUGAAGCCCAAAGCUGCCAAGCCCAAGGCAGCCAAGCCGAAAGCAGCCAAGGCGAAGAAGGCGGCACCCAAGAAGAAGUAAACCCCCAUGGAAGAAAAGUCUUGAUCCGCACUUAAACCCAACGGCUCUUUUAAGAGCCACCCACACAUUCUCUAAAGGAGCUGAAAUACUCUCUUCAGUGUUAACAUAAUAAAAUACAGUAAAAUCUGCUGAAUAA